AGCCAUAUCUUAAUAUGUCUGCCGAAGAAACAUACUAUAACGUCGAAGUUAUCCAGUUUUGGCGAGGCGAGAUAGAGUACCUUCGGCCCCAUCCCCUUCACUGGGUCAUCUACGUCCCAACCGGUCCUGGUGUCGGAAACACGUACCACCUCCUGGGAGACACAGAGAACUACACCAUGGAGUUCAGGCGUAACCAGCCACAUGUCAACCCUGAUGACUGGCGCGGAAGCCACACCAUGGGAAGAGUGGCUGCAAGUAAGUUGGCCCUUUUCGAAUGGAACCUCGCGAGCGUUCCGAUCACGCAUAACGACCCCCGAUGGAACAGCCAGAACUGGGUGUGGGACGGUCUUCGCCGCCUCCGCCAUCAACGUUUUGAGAUCAGCUGGGAGCUUAGACAAUGCGACCUUCAAACAAAGAUGUGCUGCCUGUUGGAGGACUGGGAUUUCGGUCGAAUUUAGAGGUGGAGAUCUGGCGUGCCCGAGUGGUUGAUCAAACGUUUGUAAUUGCCAUGUGAAUCAUCAUCAACAUCAUAGACAUCUUGGGUGAUCACAGAAAUUAUGCGUGAAAGGAUGACGUCCCAUUCCUUCGUAUUGCCAGUUGGAGAUGGCCACUUGCGUGUCUCUCGCGUGUGAGUCGGGCGAAGGAGGCUAUGAUGAAGUAAAUAGUAAUUUGUGUUCCUUCAAUAUGAGCGAAGCACUGCUAGCAAGACGCGACGGUAGAUCAGGAUUAAUGGCCCCAUUAUCUCAGUUUGACCUGCAGUGAUCCAAAUCGACAGCAAUAGAUCUGGAAAUUCAAGCUUCAAGCU